CUCAUCCAGCUACGCUCAGGACACAUCGGACUGAACAAACACCUCCACCGCAUCAAGAAAUCUCCGAUGCCUAUAUGCCCGCAUUGCAGAACCUACCCGGAAACGGUAUCACAUUUCCUCACACAAUGCUCGGAAUACAGGGAACCUAGGAGAAAGCUUCGUGCGGAACUGGGACACAAGGCGAGUAACAUUAAGUACUUGCUAUCGGACUCGAAGGCACUGCCGGCCCUCUACAGGUACAUCACGGAAACAGGUCGAUUCGCGCAGACACACGGCAACGUC